UUCAUCCAUGUGGCCAACAAUACACAAGAGACCAACACUCAUCGAUUGGGUCAGUGUGGCGCACCGACUGGAUCACGCAAGAUCCUUUUAUCAACCAUCGAUUCGAUAUCUUGUUGGUCGGGCUCGUCCGUCAACUUCCAUUGCACCCCCUCAUCUUGAACCGGCGUAUUGAGGUAGCCCUCCUCCUGCAUCAUCUCCACCACUCCCCUGAAGGCCGAGCUCCCUUGCCUCCGCAGACACCAGGUCUUCAACUACACGCCAUACAGAGGUUUUUUCCUUCGAGCGUGACGAGUUUGCGUCACCUACCUGUUGCCACGUGUAUCCAGGCCCUUUUUCCUCCCCUGGAUAGACGAAAUUUCCAAAGCUAAACUCGUCCACAAUCUUGUUUGCUGCCUCGAUACACCGACCCUGCUCGUCAGUCACAAAAUGAAUGGCGUAUGACUUAUCUCUCGAGUUUGCGAUACGUCAACGACCUACCCGGGCCUCCGGCCUGAUGUUCUGCUUCUGUACCGGUUGUCCCGGGGGCUUGCUGCCGUCUGUCUGUUUCUUCACGACUCGACCACUGCAACGUCACACACCACCCCAGUCACACACCGGCACCGUGCAUCUUGACCUACAUUCAUUCGCUCACCUUUUGGCCUGCACCCCCCCUGGCACUCCUCCAGACGGCGAGUCCUCUCCACCAAUCACGGCUUGAACCAUCUUGGGCGACUGCAGCGGACUCUUUCCUCCCUUUUUUUAUCACAGCGUGGCCUCUGCGACGCACACACCACUCCAUGCGAUCAGGGUUACUCAUACUCGGUAGGGCGUAGACAGGCGUAGAUUUCCUCGAGAUCCCGAAAAUCGGCAGCUUCAUCGACUGCCAUUUCUUCCAUUCCGCCUGCAGCGGACACCGACAGCUUGAUCAGACCACAGGCAUGAACACAUGUCUGGGUGCCCCAAUUGCAUACCAUGGUCUCACGGUCCGUCAGGCUGACCGACUAAACCUUGUACCCUUUCUGUUGCAGCCAGGGCUGUAUGUUCUGGAACUCCUCGGCCUGCAUGGAUUGUUCAGCCACAUGGAGGAAGCUCGAUCUCAGAUAAGAGACUCCUCCGGUAUCUAUUCAACAGAAGUUUCACUGCCACUCAAAGGUCCUUGCCAAACUUCGUGUCUCACACACGCAAUCGACUGUCCCUCCUCGUGUGAAAUGUAAUGGCUGCGUCUGACUGGGCGCAUCUCACAAAGUGACAACGAAAGACUUGUAAGAGCGCCUGCCUGCCUGCCUACAGCUCAGAAGCUCAUGCCCUGGGCACGACAAGCAGCCGCAGCUGUCGAUUAUGUGUCGCGAUGCGGGGGAGGCAUACACUGAUGACUUGUCUCUAAACGGAAAAUGACCAAAAUCACAAUAGCAAGAGCACAGCACCUACCCAACUUCCC